GCAUGCGCAAUAUAUUCUGAGUACUCUGUGCAGAACUUCGAAGAGCAAAUCUCUGAAAUCUGAAAUUACUAGGUUAAAUCAUUUGGACUUGUACUAUGGGUUCGAAGGCUUUGAAGUUGGGUCCUAUUCUGAAAGAAUUGCGCAUACAUUUAUGUCAGAAAUCAAAGGAGAGUGCUGGAGUGAAAGAAUUCAUACAGAAGCAUUAUGUUCCGAUAAAGAAGAACAAUCCUGAAUUUCCUAUUUUGAUACGAGAAUGUAAAGGAGUGGAACCAAAAAUUUAUGCUAGAUAUGAUUUUGGGAAAGAAACUUCACUUUCUCUAAACAAUUAUGACAGUGAGAGAAUAUUGGAUGUGGUAAAGAAAUUAGCUGCAGCAACUUGAAGAUACAGUAUUUAAUUUAAUCUCUUGUAAUAUUUGUUUACAUAGAUAUCUGUAGCUAAGUUUACUUUUAAAUAUUGCUGUAUCCCUUUAAAGGUGUAAUAUUUGUUAGUUAUUGUUAACUUUUACAAAAAUUUAUGUCAAUAAAGUUUCUUUAUUUGAAUAUUGA